AUGAGGUAUCUAAAAAUUCAUGUGCCUGUUGCAGGUUUCAUCAGCGGCUUGAUGGACGAGCCCGUGUCGGCCAGUCCGCCCGCAACACCGCCGGGCGGCGUGGGCUGCUGUGCGUUGAGACGAGCGCCGCCCAAACCAACGCAGGAGAUAUAUUACGAGAGCCGAGGCAAAUGCUGUAAGAAGCUGCUACGAUAUAAUGGAUAUCCUAAUAAGGUCCUGUUGUUCCCAGAAGAAGGCUGGGCUCGCAACGCUGCAUCUAGUUACUGGACGCUUCGACCCUGCCGAUGGCGAAGAGGCCGAUGCAAUGUGGAGGAAGUCACAGGAUCAAGAAGAAGUUCAACCAGCGGUCGUAUGGUGGCACUUGCAGGCGGCGCACUGCUCAUUGUUGGAAGCUUCAAGAGACGCAUACCCGAUCCAGAUUUUAAGCUGUACCUGACAUCGAACGUGAGUCAGGCCGACUACAACAUGGGAUACUGCAUGACCGGCACCCUGGAGCGCGGCAGCGAGGAAACGAACCAUUUCCAGACGACGCACUUCGCAGUGAUUCGAAGGAGGAUAGGAAACGAAAAAGAGUGCACUCGGAAAUCAUGA